UGAUUGCUCGUCUAAAUCCAAGUAAAACCCAGAAAAGAUUUACAGAAAUGGCGUUAGCAAGCUGUAGAAUGGUGGUGAGAGCUUCAUGGGAUACUCAACAAAUACAACCGUACAAUCGCAAUGCUCCUCGCAAAACCAAUAAGAAAAACAAAAACAAAAACCAGAAAUCCGACUUAUUAUCUUUAUUCAAACCUUCAACUCCAACUCGUACCUCUCAGGAUAAUCAGAGCUUAAAAUUUGAUGUAGAUGACCUUUUAAACUUCAAACACCCUACAAUUUCUCUCCAAGAACCAGUCAAAACUGAGGACUCAACAUACUUGGGAUAUGAGAGAUGGUUGCCAAGCCCCCCAAAGGUAGAGAAACCUCGAUCUUCACACAAUGCAGCUGCUUUGGCGUAUAUUGGAGACUGUAUAUAUGAGUUAUAUGCUCGGAGACAUUUUUUAGCUCCUGCGCUAAGUAUAGAGGACUACAAUGAUCAUGUGAUGGCAGUAGUACGGUGUGAGGCACAGGAUGCAUUACUUCAUAAACUUUGCAACGGGGAUUUUCUGUCUAUAGAAGAGAGAGACGUUUUACGGUGGGGAAAGAACAUUACUUCAGCUAAAACCCGAACUACAAAACGUGCUGGUGUAGCAGUUUAUAAUAGAGCAUCUUCUCUGGAAACACUGAUUGGUUAUCUAUACCUCACGAACGCUGAGCGCUUGGAGGAAUUGAUGUCAAAACUGGGAUUCUCAGUCGGUGUCUCCAACCAAUCAAUUCUCGAGGGUGUCAAAAUGGAGUUGCAGAACUUGAAGCAAAAGGGACCGAGAGAGAAGAAGCCUCUUCCAAACCGAUCAAAAACGUUGCCGAACAGUAUUGAAGCACAGCAAGCUUUGUUAUAAUGUUCGAAGAACAUACCACUGAUGAUGAUACAUAGACAUCCAGCAGUUAUCAGUUGAAACGAGAGAAUGCAAUGCUGACAAUUUCCUGGAAAUACGACAGUGUUUUUAUGGUCGAAUCAAGUAGUAAUUCAUAUCAUGUAUACCAGUUUCAUAGCGUAUGCGAUGCACAUUGUUUUUUAAUACUUCAAUUUUUUUGGUGAAUCGAGCUACCCCUAGUUAAUAACUAAAAAGCUAAUACAUAAUAAUCAAAAAAGAAAAAAUACAACCUUCAAAUACAAUGGUAGAAUAUAAUAUGGUAUGUACAUGUAUUAGUCUUUAUAUAAAUAUUGUGAAUUUGUACGACCUGUCCUUGACAUAGUACCAGAGCUAGGGAAGCGGCUACAUGUUAGAAAAGGAAUUGUUUUCAAAUUCUUUGUUUUAGGGUACAACUACUGUACAAGCUUAAUUUCUAGCGCAAAUGCAUG